AUGUUUGCGAACGACAUCGUAAAAGAUUUCCUCCACGUGGCAGUGACAACCGGCCACUUGCAAGCUGUUACAGAAAUACUGGAGAAAGGAGCAGACAUCGAAGCCGCCGAUUCUUUCAACUUACGUCCGGUCCAUAUUGCUGUGGGGCACGGCCAUUUGGACAUUCUUAAAGCGCUUAUCGCAAGGGGCUGUAAUGUAAAUGCACCUGCAUCUUGCCCUUCUCCGUUGUCAGAAAGGGUCGAGCAGCGUCUGACGCCACUACAUUUUGCAGCUGAAUGUGCCGACCCAAACUUCGCGGUCACUUUGAUCCGUGCUGGAGCUUGUGUAAACGCCAAGAGUAGUUCCAAUGUGUCGCCACUGCACCUUGCAGCACAGAACGGUCAUUUGCCCAUAGUGAAGGCACUAGUUUCUGCAAAUGCUGAAAUGAAUGCCGAGGACGACAGAACAUUCACUCCUUUACUUUACGCUGUGGAGAACAAUUUCGAAGACGUUGCAAAAUUUCUUGUACAGAGCGGCGCUGUUGUAAAUACUAGAAAUUCGGACAGCGCGACGCCAUUGCAUUUCGCAGCAGAGAAGGGAAAUGUUAACAUAACAAAGCUGUUGAUCGAGAACAGUGCCGCUAUUAAUGUAAAGACUCGGCGAAGCUUUACUCCGUUGCAUGUGGCCAUACAAAACAGGCAUGCCGCAGCAAGUCAGCUUUUGAUUAACAGUGGAGCAGAUGUGAAUGCAAGCAAUGCCAACGGAUGGACCCCUUUGCAUAAUGCAGCAUACAGUGGAUACCCAGCGGAAACCGCAAGACGUUUGAUUGCAAAAGGUGCUAGCGUGAAUGCCAAAAACAGGACUGGAUCAGCACCGUUGCACCUUGCUGCAGAGACAGAUUUCGCUGACAUAGUAAACAUCCUGAUCGAAAACAAAGCUGACGUUAAUGUCACUGACGAUCGAAUGUGUACACCAUUGCAUAGCGCAGCUUGCAAGGGCAACUUGGAUACUAUAAAAAUUCUUAUUGCUUGUGGUGCUACAGUUGAUGCGAGGUCUCAGUACCAAGCUACACCAUUACAUUUUGCAGCAAACAGCUGGCAUGUCGAGGUAGUUAAAUAUCUGUUGGCAAAAGGAGCCGCAGUCAAUGCAACUGAUCACAAAAACUGCACGCCACUUCACGCAGCAGCAGAAGAGCUUUCCGCCCACCGCAGUUCCGGGGCACAGCCACAGGAUUCUAAAUUGAAUACCAUAAAAGCUCUAAUUGAAAACGGAGCAGAUAUGAAUGCAAAGGAAAGCAACGGUCAGACAGCUCUGCACAUAGCUGUAAAGUAUGGAGAUUCAGUCGUAGCUAAAUGCCUAUUAGAGAAUGGUGCAUAUUAUGAUGUGAAGGCCAAAUCUUAUUCUGGUGUGAAGAAAUGUAUGGCGCCUUUCACAUUAUACGGCGACGGCAAAAUGCCGCUGCCGUGCCGUGCUGCAGCCGUGUCUUGCCACUACAACAGACGGUCGCCGUACGGCAAGUUCGACAACAGUGGCCUACGUGACUAA